AAAAGCCGGAGUCGGAUGCCGUGGCUGCCGGUGCGUGCGAGGCGACGGCGAAUGAUGCUGUCGCGACUCGUGCUGGCGUUGAUGUGCGCCGCCGCCGGCGCGGCCGGCGCGGCGCCGCGGAAGGCCGACUGUGACGGUCAGCCGCUGUCGCCAGAACUGUACCGAUUCCAGAUACCCGACGUGCUCGGCACGAGGAACGUCUCCCUGGACCAGUACCGGGGUCGCGUGCUCCUCGUGGUGAACGUGGCCACCUACUGAGGUCUGACCUGGACCUACUCACAACUGAAUGCACUGCAAGAGAGGUUCGGGGCCAGGGACUUCACCGUGCUGGGAUUCCCUUGCAACCAGUUCGGCAAGCAAGAGCCGGGCGGUUCGGGGGAGGAGAUCCUGAACGGCAUCCGCUACGUGCGGCCCGGUAACAACUUCCAGCCAAAUUUUCCGUUGUUCCAGAAGAUGGACGUCAACGGGGAGACUCAGCACCCGCUCUUCGAGCUGCUCAAGAGUCACUGCCCGUCGCCGGUGUCUAAGUUCCGGCCGAGAGACCGGCUAUUUUACACUCCCCAGGACAACAAUGACAUCCGCUGGAACUUCGAGAAGAUUCUCGUCGACCGAAACGGAACUCCACUCCGCCGGUACGACCCCGGCUUCCUGCCUGUCGACAUCACCAGCGACAUCGAGGCUCUGAUCAACGGGGGAAGGCUGCCUCCGAUUGAUAAUUAGUCAUCUCACGCGAACUCCGUGCGGCUUUAUCCGUGCACCUGCAACUUAACCACAGAAAUGACAGUACGAACUUUGUAUUGCUGGAUACCCUACGCAGCCAUUUUUUGUACUCACUCUCUAACUUUUCACGAUUACAUUGUUAAAACGUACCCAGAUUCAACACGUACCAUGCAACAAGCUGUUUGGCUGGUACAUUCGUGACCAUGGUUGUCGCCAUGCAUAAAAAGAAAAAUCCAGUGUGAUGGUCACGGAACAACAAUAACAACAAAACUAAAAUUGGUUCUCGGUAGUUUUCGAGGAUUAGAGAAACGGUUGGGAUAUUUGCCGUGCUUGUAAACUCUAAAUGUGCACACGGUGUAUAGCUGUCAAACACGCGCACAAAAAGUGAGAAAGAAAGCUGCCACGGCAAGUUUAUAUCUCGUAUUACUCCUAACUGAGUUGCUGCCCAAAACGCAAGGUAUAACUUUCAGUUGGCUUGCUGUAUUUAAUUUCUCCAAAGCACAGAUACGCAGCGUCGAGAAGAGGUCUUAACGGUUAGCUAUAAGGUCGAGCUCUUUUUUAACAUUAUCCCGCGCUAUACAGUCUGCUCCCCGAACCUAGUGAUAGAUUAGAACAACAGAUCUUAUUUUAUUCAGCUCAACGGCUUCAAGUAUUUAGCAUAUGGCCGCUCGCGUACUUCUUCCUCCUUCUCUUUUCUUCCUGGUUUGUAAAGAUGCGUGUUGGUGCGCACCUUCGUCAUCGCUGUUUAGAGGUGCACAGUAAAGGAGGCGACUGAAGCCGCUGUCCAUCUGCCAUCAAUAACAUCAUCGUAUCGGAUCCAUCGUCCGCUGCCUUCCAGAGAGGAAAGGAGAGCGGCAACGUGACACCGAGGUCCGGCGCACAGGUUGACGUAUGACGAGCUGCCCCUCAAGCGAAGUCGCCGGGACAGCUCUGAAGGGAGCCGCCAACGCAGCGCCCCCUCUUCGUGCAUUCGGGGGGCGCUGCACCCGACCGGCGGCGACCCGACCCGUGUGGUCCGGCCCCUCUUACGGAACGUUCGACGCUCUCUCACACUCUCAAUGAAAGGCUGGCUGUGUCACUGCGCGAAAUAAAACGCAGCGUCCUUGUUGUGACAUCGGAA